AAGAUCGACCGCAGGCUUCCUUUCCCCUUUUCUGUUCCCUGGAUGUAAAGCGAUUUUCCGCACCUGAAAACGUCCUUGCUCGUUUCAUAGGCAGUCAACCCGUCUGUCGAGUCGUGCACGGCGAACCGUGGUUGGCGCGCGCCUAUCGCGCCCCACUCCGUAUUUUUUUAUUAUACCUAAACAGGAGGAAGCAUGCGCCAGAGCUCGCGGGAGAGAAAGAAGAGCAUUGACAGCAGCGUCGCAUCUCCGUCUUUCGAGGUUUAAGUCAAAGGAUUACAGCAUCAAUUAUUUUCGUCCAGAGUCUAUGAAAACUUCAGUUUGAAACGAUGAGUGAAUAAUGAAAAGCAGAGAAGGCCUUUCAGAGACCAAACAAACAUCCUUCACUGCAGGCUGGGUUUAGCAGAGGAUAGAUGGGAUCCUAUCUUUAACUGGGAGUCCUCCAUCCAACUAUACUUCUCCUUAUCUCUCCGUCCUGUCCUGGUCUGGUGUGCAGCCUGAGGGAGCUGUGGUUCUGAUCAGACCUCUGGGAGGUAGACCCAGAGAGAGGAGCACACAGGACCUGCUAUGGCCAGCGCAGCAGACGGUGUAGGGAGCCUGAGGAGCCUGAGGAGCCUGGGGCCGGAGCAGCACCUCAGUGUCCAUGACCAUGUGGUGAACGACCACGGAGCCUGGGCCACCGCCAUGAACAACCUGGGUAUCGUACCCAUGGGCCUCGGCAGGCAGCAGCUGGUCUCAGAUUCUCUCUGUAUCCAGGGUUUUGAUCCAGGGCUGGGUCUCCUAGCUCCUAUCAACCCCAUGAUGGCAGGUAUCAGCCUGGUCCCUCCUCCCCCUGGUCCCCCCAUCAUCAAGGAGAUCAUCCACUGCCAGAGCUGCACCCUGUUCCCCCAGAACCCCAACCUGCCUCCUCCGUCAACACGGGAGCGUCCCCCAGGGUGCAAGACAGUGUUUGUGGGGGGUCUGCCGGAGAAUGCCAGCGAGGAGAUCAUCAGGGAGGUGUUUGAUCCGUGUGGUGACAUCAUCGCCAUCAGGAAGAGCAAGAAGAACUUCUGUCACAUCCGCUUCAGUGAGGAGUUCAUGGUGGACAAGUCCCUCUACCUCUCUGGCUACCGGAUGCGUAUCGGCUCCAGUACAGAUAAGAAGGACUCAGGGAGGAUGCACGUGGACUUUGCUCAGGCCAGAGACGACCUGUAUGAGUGGGAAUGUCAACAGAGGCUGCUGGCCAGGGAGGAACGACACCGACGCAAGAUCCACGAAGACUUCUUCCGACCACCCUCGCCACCUCCCAUCAUGCACUUCUCAGACCACGAGGCAGGACUGCUUGCGGAGAGAUUGAAAGAUGACCAUAACUUCAGUGAAGCGACUGCGGUCCUGUUCACAUGGAUCGACCGUGGUGAGGUCAACCGGCGGUCGGCUAAUCACUUCUACUCUAUGAUCCAGUCGGCCAAUAGCCACGUCCGGAGACUGAUGAGUGAGAAGGCCCAGCACGAGGAGGAGAUGGAGCUAGCCAAGGAGACAUUUAAAAACUCCCUGCUGGCCAUACUGACUCAGUUUGAGCAGAUCACGGCUGUGUUCACCGCUGCCUCCAGGCAGAAGGCAUGGGACCAUUUCACUAAAGCGCAGCGCAAGAACAUAGACAUUUGGAGAAAGCAGUGUGAGGAGCUGCGGAACGCCAACAGUGAGGAGAUCAUGGGGAUUCGCCGGGAGGAGGAGAUGGAGAUGUCUGAUGAUGACUCGGAUGAGAGCCCCUGUAAGAAGAUACGUAGGGAGGACAACGGUGUGUGUGGCCAGUCUGGGGCCUCUCUGAGGGAGGAGAAUGACUCUCUGCGCUGGCAGCUGGAGGCCUACAGGAACGAGGUGGAGCUGCUGAGGAAGGAGCAGGGCAAGGCCUGCCACCCCGACGACCCCGAACACUCCCUCAACACACACACACACCUGCUACAGCAGAGCAUGCACAACAUGCAUCAGCAACUGCUGAGUCUGCAGGAUCAGCUGAGGAGUAAGGAGGUGGAGCUGGAGCAGGCUAGAGACGAACACAGAUACCUGGAGGGAGAGGUCCUAGCCCUGAGAGACAAGAUGCUGACUAACGGGGAUGUAGAGGUAGUGGAGGGGACCAACGGAGAAACACCUGAGAAGGUAGUGAACGGCUAUGCCACCACUCUGUACCGCAGCAGAGACAGGAGGAGUGAAGCAGCCGUGAGAGGACCCCUCACAUCAGAGAGAGAGGCUCUGCUACUGGGCAUCAUAUCUACCUUCCUCCAUGUCCAUCCGUUUGGAGCCAACAUCGACUAUCUGUGGUCCUACAUCCAGAGACUGGACACUACGGUGUCAGCGGGUGAGUUGGAGUCUCUGAUGGGUCGUCUGCCCAGUGUCUUCAGACAGGAGCUGAGUGGAGUGGGAGCCACGCUGGAGAAACGCUGGAAGUUCUGUGGCUUCCAGAGCCUCGCCUCCAUGUGAUACAGGGACACAAACACAUCACAUGACCCAAGACACACACAUGGCCUGACAGACCACGUGUGGUACAGGAACAUACACACUUCCUGACCAGCCACAAAGCCUGGUGGACACAUGAAUAGAAGGCGUGUCAAAUCCACAGACUGUGUUUGAACGGUGUGUGUAUGUUGUGUAUCCAUAGACAUCCACAGUACAUGGUGAUGAUACUCAAAAACAAUACAGACACUGAUGGAUCUUUCCGAGGUCAUAUCUUUGAGAAGGAUUUGCUGACACGGAGGUAGAGGGAUCCACACGGAUCUCCACUCGAUGCUGUAAAACUAUAUCCACAGAUGUCAGACAAGGAGGUCACAGAGCAGACAGUCUCUAUGGUAACCUAGUGACCAGACCCCAGCCAACAGAACCUCUCAUUGACUGGAGUUGUGUGCGAUGCCUAUUUCUCUGUUCUCUCUCUCUGUUCUCUCUCUCUCUCUGUUCUCUCUCUCUCUCUCUCUCUCUCUCUGUUCUUUCUCUAUUCUCUCUCUCUCUCUGUUCUCUCUCUCUCUGUUCUCUCUCUCUGUUCUCUCUCUCUCCCUGGAGCAGUUGUGUAACUAAUUUGUCAACAGCUGACUCCCACUAGGCUGGGAGGGAUCCAGGAAUAUCGGACGGCUGCAAUCGAAAUAUGGAUGGGAAUGGGGAAAAUUUGAGAAUUGGGUUACUGAUUUAUAACUGUAACCCUUGUUACCCCCCACGUCCAGUGUGUUGUGGGGCUUUUUGCUGUAAAACCCAGUUUCACACUCCAACAGGAUUGAAGCAUUAGCCAGCCUCUCUCUCUCUGUCUGUCUGUGACCCAGAACUGACUUUAGUAGCCUACUGAUGACUGGUACUGAUACUGUUGGGUUGGGUUGGGACUGUACUGUAGGUCUCCCCCUCUGGAUGUCUUUUUGCUCUGGCCUUCUGUGUCCAGUGUGUGCUGUGCGUUGAAUUGGUAUCUACUCAUUUAAAUGAUUAUGUUUUCUAAUGUAAUAAAAGGUUUUUAUC